CGCUGGCAGCCUGGUGGGAGCAGAUAUAAAAGUGCUGAAACAAGCCCUGAGCGUGUCGACCUAGAGCUGGUGGCUGGCUGAGUCCGGCUGCGAGGGGGGCGCCACGGUCCCGGGCUCCCUCGGCGCCACAGCCCGGGAGCGCUCUGGUUCCAGCACGGAGAGCCAGUGGGGACGUCCCGACUGCGAGCUCCCGACCUCCCGGGAAACCAGCGGCUCUGGCAAAAUGGUCCAUCACUUCUUGCUGCUCUUCCUCCUCCACUUGGUGCAAGCCACCGAGCGCCCCGAGGGUCGGGCCGAGGAGCAGAACCUGGAGGCGUCCUUGCCCAACACCUCGCACUUCUUCUCCUGGAACAACUACACCUUUUCCGACUGGCAGAACUUUGUGGGCAGGAGGCGCUACGGGGCCGAGUCCCAGAACCCCACGGUGAAAGCCCUGCUCAUCGUCGCUUACUCCUUCAUCAUCAUCUUCUCGCUUUUUGGCAACGUGCUGGUCUGUCAUGUCAUCUUCAAGAACCAGCGAAUGCACUCGGCCACCAGCCUCUUCAUCGUCAACCUGGCUGUGGCAGACAUAAUGAUCACGCUGCUCAACACCCCCUUCACUUUGGUCCGCUUUGUGAAUAGCACAUGGGUGUUUGGGAAGGGCAUGUGUCACGUCAGCCGCUUCGCCCAGUACUGCUCCCUGCAUGUCUCAGCACUGACACUGACAGCCAUUGCUGUGGACCGUCACCAGGUCAUUAUGCAUCCCUUAAAGCCCCGAAUCUCUAUCACAAAGGGAGUCAUCUACAUCGCUGUGAUCUGGAUCAUGGCUACGUUCUUCUCACUCCCACAUGCUAUCUGUCAGAAAUUGUUUACCUUCAAGUACAGUGAGGACAUUGUGCGCUCCCUAUGCCUGCCCGAUUUCCCUGAGCCAGCCGAUCUCUUCUGGAAGUACCUGGACCUGGCCACCUUCAUCCUGCUGUACAUCCUCCCUCUCCUCAUCAUCUCUGUGGCCUAUGCUCGUGUGGCCAAGAAGCUGUGGCUGUGUAACACGAUCGGCGAUGUGACCACGGAGCAGUACCUGGCCCUGCGGCGCAAGAAGAAGAAAACUAUCAAGAUGCUGAUGUUGGUGGUGGUUCUUUUUGCCCUCUGCUGGUUCCCUCUCAACUGUUAUGUCCUCCUCCUGUCCAGCAAGGUCAUCCGCACCAACAAUGCCCUCUACUUCGCCUUUCACUGGUUUGCUAUGAGUAGCACCUGCUACAACCCCUUCAUCUACUGCUGGCUGAAUGAGAACUUCAGGGUUGAGCUAAAGGCAUUACUGAGCAUGUGCCAAAGACCCCCCAAGCCUCAGGAAGACAGGCCACCCUCCCCAGUUGCUUCAUUCAGGGUGGCUUGGACAGAGAAGAGCAAUGAUCGGAGGGCUCCACUAGCUAAUAACCUCUUACCCUCCUCUCAACUCCAGUCUGGGAAGACAGAUCUGUCAUCUGUGGAACCCAUUGUGGCAAUGAGUUAGAGGAGGAGUGGAGGAGGCAGGGGAGGAUCUGCCUUCAGCUGAGGUUGGAAAAUGGCCUAUCCUCUUGUGCAUGAUCUUCACAGUGCUGGAAACAAAUUCCUACAGAAACAGUAGGGCUCUUGAGUUCCUUGGAAACUGCCUGGUCCUUUAGCCCCAUUCGAUGUGCAAACUAAAAUUCAGUUACCAACUAGGCAUCUGUUUAUAAAUUCCCAUAUAGAAAAUGCUAUGAGGUAUAGCACCCUGAAUCUCUGAGUGAGAGAACCAAGGCAACCUCAGCUCAGAGGGGGGCUGAAUCAGUCAAUGGACUCCAACUGUUGGGCAGCUACCUUCUAGCCCUUCUGACUGCUAAGCAUACAUAGAGGAAACAGGAGUCAUCCUUUGGUUGUGGCUGACCCAGAUGUACACAGCUCUGCUGGAAACAGGUUCACUGGCUAGUGAGAUGUUAGCAGUCAGAGCAGGCACCGGGUUUUCAUGCCUUGCCUUCUGAAGUCAUUGGACCAAGAUAAAUCACAAUUUUUCAGUGGCUCGCCUCUAUACAUGACAAGAAAGGACCAAUUUAGGUUCCUUAAAACAAAGAGAAAUCAUUAUUUCCACUUUGAAAAUUUCAGAAAAGCAUAAAGAAAAAAAAUAAAGUCAUUUUUUCAUCCCAUCAAUUUGUGAUCACCUCUGCUAAUGCUGUGAAUUUAUUUGCAGCUUUUCCCUUUGUGUGUGUGCAUAGGUACACUUUUAAAAUUCUGAACUAUACUUUUCCAUUAGAUUGUAAUGACCAACAAAAAUCAGGGGUGCAGCAGAGUAUUUAUGAUCCGCUCUCCAAGAGUAGUGUCUAGGAGAUGUAUCGAAGAAGAGGUGAGAGAGGAACCCAAAGUGAAGACUGUCCCCACGCUGACAGAACUGGUUUCAUCUUGCAGCCAGUAGUGGCCCUGGGUUCAGCUAAGGUACCUCUCCCCAGAUGGUGGCCAUCAUGA